UUAGUCUCGCUAAAUCUCGCGAGGUUCUUGUCCGCGAGGUUUGGCGUUGUCUCUUCGUCAGUGUGUGUGUUUGUCUGUGCGGCGCGGCGGGUGGCUGUGGUUGUACUUUACGGCCAAUCUGCCGACAAAUUUCGGCUCACAAUGCGACAGAAAGGCGUUCCAGCUCGUCUAGAGCAAGAUGGUUCGAACAAGCCUGGGCAGGUGGAGGGUGCACAAGGAGACAGUCAAGCCUCCUGGUUUGAAGCCCCAGAGAUGGUUGCCAUGACAACAGAAGCAGCCUCCUCCCAUGCCAGCACUGAUGGAGAGGACUCCUCCAGACCUGACACCAUGGGUGAUGUCGGUUCCUACCCAGUCCAGUUUGUGUGUGAGUACUGUCAGAGCCUGCACGAGUCCCCCAGCCUCCUCCAGGAACAUGUGGAGAAGACACACACUGCAGUGGUACCCACUGAUGCCUUCAGGAGGGAGAGGAACCGGAUCCGCAUGCAAGAAAAACGUAAAAACCUCACAGAAGAGGAGAAAGCAAAGAUAAGGGAGAAGCAGAAGUUACAAGCAAGGCAAAGGAGAAUGUGCAUGUCUGAGGAGAAGAAAGCACAGGCAAGAGAAAAAGACAGGCUGACAAAACAGAUGAGGAGAAGUGCAUCAAAUGAUGACUUGGAGGUCCGUGAGAAAAAUAGGGUGCAGAAAUUGAUGUACAGGCAAAAUGCCACCGAGGAACAGCGGGCAUUAUGGAGGGAGAGAGACAAACUCAGGAAAAGAGAAGACAGGGAAGUGAAAGCUGUACGGUACAGGUUAUUUGACAAGUUGUACUCGGGUAUAGAAGCAAUGCUGGUAGGGUUGCCCCCAGAUUCUGAUCAGAACUGCACAUCAGAUCAGGGCCCAGUACAGGAUACAGUACAAGCCUCUACAGAAGAGCCCACCUUUAAGACUGGUACUAUCUCAGAUACAUUCAAUUCUGUGCAAAACCUGUUGACCUUCAUGCUAGGUGCUCAUGUAGUCACAGAUGCAGAAAUUACAAGGAUUCACGAGAUUAUUUUGAAGACGAUGAAUAGUUCUGUUGGCGACUUGAGCAAUGAUGUCAGGGUAUAUCAAAAAGCACUGGAAGACUGCACAGCUGGAGGUGACGUACAGGAGACCACAGACACUGCAUCCUCCUCACCAUGCACACAGUCUGAGCAUCAGCCAGGGCCUUCCUCGCUGGGAGACACAAGUCAUGCAGGGGUAAUGGAUAAGUCAGAGGAACUGGAGGUGAAGAAUAGUCACAAUACUUCUCCUCUUGAGAUCAGUUCUGAUGUUGAUACCAACAGGGAUGUAACUGUGAAACAAGAAGUAGUAGACUGUGCUGAGGUAAUGGAAAAGUCAAAGCACCUGGAGAUGAAGAAUAGUGACAAUGCUUCUUCUCUUGAGAACAGUUCUGAUGUUCACUCCAGCAGUAACGUAAGUGUGAAACAAGAAGUAAUAGACUGUGCUGAUAACAUCAGAGAUUCAGCUGAAAAUAAGCAUGUAUCAGAUCGCCCCAAUGUUCUUCACUCAUCAGUGUGUACAAAUGCACAACAGCACUCCAGAACACUUAAUGUUGACACCAGCAGUAGUGUACUCGUGAAACAAGAAGUAGUAGACUGUGCUGAUAACAUCAGAGAUUCAGCUGAAAAUCAGCAUGUAUCAGAUCGCCCCAACGUUCUUCACUCAUCAGUGCACGCAAAUGCACAACAGCACUCCAGAACGCUUUCUGAAGAAGUAGCUGCCCUUGUGGAGGUGAUACAGAAGGCGAGGUGGCUGAUAGCCUUGGCGGAAGGACAGGACUGUCCAGAGAUACAUCUGGCCAUCAGGAGGGAAAGGGUGAAAAUACGAAACAUGCUGAGGAUGCUGAUAGCACCCACACAGGACAUGGAGAAGGAGAGGGAGAUAGCAAAACUAAGGAUGGCUCUUAAGAGACAGACAGCAUCACCAGCUGAGAAGGAGCUUGAGAAGGAAAAGGGCAGGCUGAGGAUGAGGUGGAAAAGGAUGACACAGACAGAGGAGGAACGGGAGAGAGAGAAGGAGAGAAACAGGAUCAGGACCAGGCUGAAAAGAAUGGAGAUGAGUGCUGAAGAAAGGGAAAGGAUCAAAGAUAGGGAGAGACUCAGGAAAAGACAGAAAAGGGAGAUGGCCACAGAGGAGCAGAAACAGGCAUGGCGGGAGAGUGACAGAAUCAGCAAAAGGAUAAAGAGGGGAUCCGGAACUUCUCAACAACAGUCUGACAACCUGUGGAUGGGGGAGUGCAGUGAAAACGUUACGCACGGCUUGGGUUACCAGCAGGCAUAUGAUGAACAUAGAGAUUACAGCAGUGAUAGCCAAAUGUCAAAUAUGAGCAGGGGUAACCUUACCAGUGAUGAUGGCAGCAUUGAGUCAGUACAACAAAGUUUCUCUCAAAAAGGUGACGAACAAAUAGGAUGCUCAACCUCAGAGGAAGACAGCAACAAAGAACUUGAAGAUGUGACACAAGGCACAGCAUCACAGUCAGAGGGUGUCACUUCAGCUUGUGCUUCUCAUGAAACUGUUGGUAAGCCAGACGCCAGCAAUAUUGACUGCAGUCAGCCAGGUUCCUCUGGUAACCAGCCUGUAGAGGGGCCUGACCAGAUUCACAAUGUAGAGGCUCAUAAUUCCUCUGCAAGUUGGGAUCCUCUUGAGUACAACUUUAUGCCAUUUGAAGCACUUUCAGAACAUUGAUGGGACUGUACAGAGGUUAAUCAUUGGUACCCAGUAAUUAAUCAUAAAUGAUUUAAACUAAAUGAAAGUGGAAAUUUCUUCUUGGGAAGUUAGUGAAAGAAAAUCUUGGGAUAACACAAGUAAUAUGGGGCCACAACCAAGGUGGUGAUAGACAAGAUCUUGCAAGUACAUGUCAAAAUAAAAAAAAUAGAUUUUUAAAAGGCCAACUGGUAGAGGGGCUACAGAUGGAGAGGCUGAUUUGAACAUGGCCUUGAACAAAUCUGUCCUUCAAGUUGGUAAGGUUGGGGACAAACUGUUAGCACUGUCCUUCAAAUGCUUUUAGACAAUAAUGUUAACUACCCAGUAAAUGUUAAGAACACACACUACAUUACAUAUCUUUGCCUAAACUUUCAGAUAAUGUCAGCAUGGUGUGACACAAAUGAUAGCAACAUAAGGCUUUAUUGCAAUAUUAUAAGCAUCUUUGAACAUUACUGAAUGUGCUCUUCACUUUUCUCAUGAAAUAUCACUAUUUAUUCAAUUAAUACAAUAAUACAAUAUGCAGGUUGUCUUUAAGUCCUUAAAAGUACUGAAGAAUAGUCACUUAUAUUUUAGGAAUGGUGAGAAUAAAUCUUCAAUGCAAUACAUCAAUAAUGCAGUGCAUAUAAGCAGGUGCUGUGUACAUGUGUUGACCUAGUAGUGAGUGGUAAAGCAUUUCAUGCAUAUUACUACAUAUUCGACUUUUCUUCCUGUAUCUGUUUCAGACAUGUGCAUCGCACGUCCAUACUGAGGAAUGCACAUCUAACUACAAGCAUUCUUUUAAGUCGACUUGCCAUCCUGAUAAUGAAACUUGCAUUGAAUGUGAUUCGACUUUUUGUUAUCUGCCGUCAAAAAUGAUUAAAACUAAUUUUAUGCAACACCA